CAAUACAAAUAUGAAGCUUAUCUUUAUCAGUUAGUUCAGUAAAAUUACAAAAACUGACAAAUCAUUAAGAUGAAGCAGAUUUUCCGAAUGGCAGCUCGGCGCGUCGCGUUCUCACCGGUUUCACAUGGGCGCAGAAAAAUCUUCUCACUUGCAGAAAACGCAUGCGCACAGAGGAAACCAACUGGUUGGUGUCAAGUCGAGGCAGACGGAUGUGAUCGUGGUCAUGUGUGAUCAUGAUGACACAUCCAUGGGCUCGGAGCGAGUGGAGAUGCGUAAGAAACAGAUGCAGGUCCAUCGGGAAGCAGCUGCCAGCGUCCUCCAAGCGAGCCACAGCAUGGGGAACACUCCUGCCAACGCCUCCAACGCCUGCUGCUUCUGCUGGUGCUGCUGCUGUAGCUGCUCCUGUUUGACUGUUCGAAGCGAGGAUGAGGCAAUUCAGAGAUCCACCUUUGAGCACAGGCCAGAGGGAACUGCCAACUGUGAGGAAAGCCCAAAGCCUACUCUGGACGACGCCCGCUCCUGGACGGUGUCGUUUGAAAAGGUGAUGAAGAGUGCAGCGGGGCGAAGCUGCUUCAGGCAGUUCCUGCGGACGGAGUUCAGUGAGGAGAACAUGAUGUUCUGGCUCGCCUGCGAGGAGCUCAAGAAGGAGACCAACAAGACCGUGGUGGAGGAGAAGGUCCGUCAAAUAUACGAGGACUUCAUCUCGAUCCUUUCUCCUAAAGAGGUCAGCUUGGAUUCCCGGGUUCGAGACGUGAUAAACCGCAACAUGCUGGAGCCGACCUCGCACACGUUCGACGACGCCCAGCAGCAGAUUUACACGCUGAUGCAGAGAGACUCUUACCCUCGCUUCAUAAACUCGUCUGCCUACACGGAUCUGAUGCAGAGCCUGGAGGAGCCUCCCCCUGAGCCAUAGACUCUCCACUGCCACACAGUUAGCUUUUCAAAAUGGCGCAUGCGUCCCAACCUGAAGGAGUCGUGUGCUCCUGCUGGAGUCCUGCUAUUUAAAGAAGACAGAGAGGGAAAUGAACACCACUUAACCAGUCUUCAUCCAGCUGUAACUGCUGUUUAUCCACCCGUCAUUAACUUACUGUACCAAAAUCCCUGGAGCAAACAAAUGCUAGGUGCAGCAUCAGUUACUUGUUCGAUAACAUAUCUAUAUUUUUAUAUAUUCCCAGCACCUGACAUUGCACUUUUCUACCUUGUUUAGAGGGAAAGCAUGUAUCUGUGAGCACUGCAUUUGUAUUUAGGUACAUUGUGAGCCUUAAUGCAUAUCCAGUUCUUGUAGAGAGUAGAUUUUAUUUAACUGUAACUUAAGAAGAAGGAAAGUGCCUUGGAAUAAGAUCUUUUACACUAGCACCUUUAGUCAAACAUGAGUGGUGCGAAAACAGUUCAAUACGUUGGUGCUUUCAGCUCUUCUCAAAGCUAAAGUUUUUACAACUCGACGAGCUGAUAACCCGGAAAUAGAUCCCGUCUGUGUUUCAAUACUGUGAUAUUAGUCAUAUUAUAUUUAAUUUAAACUAAACAGGGAAAAACAAACUGAAUACAUGACCAUGACCACUGAUAUAUUUAUGUAUUUAAAAAGGAAUUUGUGUGAAAUAGUUCUUUGACUUCUCACAAAUAAAGCACAAUCGUAUGUUG